ACCGGCCGAUCACCUCUUCCGCAACCAACUUCCCCAUUAUUCAAUCGAGAACCUUGUACUACUGAGCAGAAAUGUCUGGGCUCCUCAGAACAAUUUCAACCCGCACUGCUCCAGCUCUGCGGGGACCCAUGAUCACCCAGAGGGCCAGUGUCUUCACCAGACCGGCUAAAGACCCUCUCGGCCCCGCUGAGACAGUCAUCGGACUGGGGAUGUUCGCGGUGGCUAUCCUGGGACCCUCCGGUUGGAUUCUCGCCAACAUUGAGAACUACAAGAAGAAAUAAUAACUUAACAUGGACUCUGUCUUUUAGCUGGGACGUCCCGUACAUUCUCUACUUACUUAAGACCCUCCUGGGACCAUAAUCACUUCAAAAACUCCUCUCUUAAAACCAUGGAACAAAUCCCCAACGUCCAUGAACUACCUCUCCAUCUCCAGUUUACUCUUCACUCCAGUCUGUUGACUGUCAGCCAAUAAAAUUGGCUGCACAACAUCUCAAGAAUUGUGCAUUUUAAUUGGCUUCUUCAAACAAGGAGUAUGUUACAAUAAUGAUAAUAAAACGUAUUUAAACUUUAAA